GCAUGCUCGUACUUCGUACAUCCACCCGGGAUCAUCCACGGAAAAGGAAGAAAACCACUAGCUGCAAGAAAAGUUUUCCAGCGGGGACAGACUGGUGCUCGAUAGGACAGAAAACCACCGCAGGAUCGCGCUCUCUGGAUUAUACAGUAUCGUCAUAUACUGUUAUUAUUAUUAAUAUUUCACAUUAUGGACGCGCUGAAAUCUGCCGGGCGCGCGAUCAUUCGCAGUCCCAGCUUGGCAAAACAGUCCUGGAGCUCUGGAAAACACAAAAAGCUUCCAGAGAACUGGACAGACACGCGGGAGACGCUGCUAGAAGGGAUGGUGUUUCAGCUGAAGUAUCUGGGCAUGACGCUGGUCGAGGAACCUAAAGGAGAAGAGCUCUCAGCUGCGGCUGUCAAGAGGAUCGUUGCUACAGCAAAAGCAGGUGGUAAGAAGCUUCAGAAGAUGACGCUGAAGGUUUCUCCUCGAGGGAUUGUCCUGUAUGAUGCCGUUUCAAACCAGCUGAUAGAGAACGUGUCUAUAUACAGGAUAUCGUACUGCACGGCUGAUAAGAUGCAUGAUAAAGUUUUCGCCUACAUCGCUCAGAGUCAACGCAAUGAGACGCUGGAGUGUCACGCGUACCUCUGCACCAAGAGGAAAUUGGCUCAGGCAGUGACGUUAACAGUGGCUCAGGCAUUUCGCGUGGCGUUUGAGUUUUGGCAGGCAGCUAAAGAAGAGAAAGGGAAGCAGGUGAAAUGUGGAUCAGAUGGACAGGCGGCGAGUAGCUCGCAGUCUGACAGUUCAGUGAGUCUUGGCAGCAGGAAAGAAGGAGAGGUGGCCACUGGGAAUCUUUUGGACCUUGAGGCUGGAAUAAAAGAUCAUUCAGGAAAAGACAACACACAACCUGCACAGAACCUCAGCACAGAGAACAACAACACUGUAUGGGAACUUGAAGAUGGUCUAGACGAAGCUUUCUCGAGACUCGCUCAGUCUCGCACUAACCCCCAGAUGCUGGACAUUGGGGUAAACCCUCAGGACUACAAUGCCGAAGAGUGCUUGUCGCCAAGCAACUGGGACAAAGCCGAAGCUGAGGCUGCAGACGGCGAGGACGCGUUCGGAUUCUGAGAGGCGGUUUCGAGGGGGAGGGGCGAGAGAGGAAUGAUCUGAUGAAAUGACGCAAAGGGAAUCGACCUCGCUGUUCGUCUCGGUGGCGACAUCUGGUGGCUGUAGCUGGAACUGCAUCCAGAGGUUGAGCAAACCAGGCGAGAUGACUUCUACAAGAGCACAGACCAAAGCAAUAGAGUAUACGUGUUAUUUCAUUUAAUGUUUUGACAUUUUAAUUUUCUGUUACCUUUUUCCUGUUUUAUAUGUAUGUCUAUGAAUACAAAAUGAUGUAUGUAUAUGACAAUAACUGUGUAAAACUAUAUCAUUUAUUAUUAUUUUAAUUUUGAGUGCUAAGGCUGGUUUUGUGAUUUUAUGCAGUGGAAUGUGAGAAUAUAAUGCUUGAGAUUAGCACAUCUUUGGGCAAUUUACACUAAAGAUUUAAUGAGUGGUUUGAAGUGUUGAAGUGGAUGUAAAUCUGCCCUCAAAAUGUAGAAAAAAAGAGGGAAUAAGAGAGAUUGUUUAAGUUAAUGAAAAGUUGGAUGAAAUGAACAUGAUGGUCAAACAUGAUAGACAAAACAUUAAAUGAAAGACAGGGUAUUUAAAUGAGACAAUCGUAUUUUUUCUAUUAAAACGUAUUUUUGCACUCUUUGCGCCUCUUUCUGGAGCUUAUGAUUUAAUUUCAGGAAGGUUUUUUUUUUUUUCUUUCAUUUUUUCAAAUUUUUUUUUAUACAUACUGUACAUCUGAUCGGUUAUAGAGCAUGUUUCAUCAGGAAUUUAUAUGCAGGGCUGUUGCAGUACACUCCAAAAAAUAUUUUGGCCUAUAUUUUCAAGAUUUACGCAUUUCAAUUUCAUAACAGAGUUGAAUUGUGUGAAGUUUAAUACAAUUCAAUUAAUGAAACUUAAGAUAUUUAUGGUUUAUUAAAUUUGAUGGAUUGUUUUAUGAAAUUGAAAUGCGUAAAUCUUAAUAUUAUUAUUAUUAUUAUUUAGUGUACUACUGUAUUGUUUAGUGAUGGUACUUCAGAUAUAUUCCAUGGUCCUGUUUGAUUACCAUAUUCAUACACCAUGAUAAUAUAAGAUGCUUUAUUAAAACAGUAGUAUUGCCUCCAUGGUAGUGUCCAUAAAACAUUUGUAUUACUGCUUUUUCCAUGGUAUAUUUUUAUGGAAAUACGAGUAUUUUUGUAAAGGAAAGUUUGUCAUAUUGCAUAAAUUCCUCAGCCAGAAAUAUGGCUUUAUGACAAGUACAGCAAUGUGUAAUUUUCUCAUCAACUGGUACACUUGCUUGUGCAUUGGCUGAUAUUGAACACUGUGGUUUUACUGUUGACUGUGAUUUAAUUAAAAACCAAAGUAUUA